CGUUUUUGGAUUCUGCCAGCUCCUCCAUGAUGAUAACUGGAAGCAAUGGGGGAUAGAUGAGGAUUCAUGGAAGAGAAACAGUGCAGGUUUGCUUCUGGAUGCGGUCCUGCUCGGAUCCUGAUCCGUCGACCGGCCUCGGCAGGACUCUUCCUCGCAGGAUCCAGUCGGUCUGCGAAUCCCGUGACGUCAGGCAUCCAGACGGGAAUGCAGUUCGCGCUUUCGGCCGUGAUAUAAAGACAUGAAGGGGAAGCCAGCAGGAGCAUGAAAGCGUUAGCCGGAUGGUUCGCGGUUCUCGUGGUGCUCGAAACAGUAGUCGCAUGGGGUGGAUUGUCGGGCAGCGGUUCCGAUCUUCAGGGGCCACUUUUCACCAUCGAACCUGCUCAUCGAGUGGAAUUUGGGGCCGCCACUGGAGGCAGGGUGGACUGCACUGGCCAUGGAAGUCCCCCACCCGAUAUCGAAUGGAUGCUGCCCGAUGGAACAGCCGUUCAACAGAUAUCCGACCUGCGUCUGAUCUUCCCAAACGGUUCCCUGAUCUUUCCCCCUUUUCCCAAUGAUCGGUACCGGCAUGACGUGCACACUGCCAUCUACCGAUGCAAACUGAAAAGCAUUUUGGGCGCAGUCCUAAGUCGCGAAGUGCAUGUCAAAGCAGUGAUCAAGCAGAAGUACGACAUCCAGGUGCAUGACGAGUACGUGAUUGCCGGCAAUACGGCAGUUUUAAAGUGCAAAAUCCCGAACUAUGUGUCGGACUAUGUGAUGGUGACAUCGUGGAUUCAGGACGACAACAUCAACAUCUACCCCAACACCGACAUUGGGGGAAAAUACGUGGUCCUGGGCAAUGGCGAUCUGUAUAUUAGCAAUGCCGGCCCUGGUGAUGGAUACAAGAAUUACGCGUGUCGCACGUUGCAUCGACUUACAGGCGAAUUACAAACCUCAACCUAUCCAGGACGGAUAAUCGUCACCGAGCCGAAGGGAAGCGUCCAGCCCCGGAUAACCGUGGAAAAAUUCAACGCAAAAAGAGUCAUCCUGGGCGAUGACGUCACUCUUCCUUGCGUGGCUCAAGGCCAUCCUGUUCCUGGAUACUACUGGAAAAGGGAGACGGACGGGCAAAUGGGGCCAGUCCCAUUGGGGGAACGUACCAUCCUGCUCACCGCCGGACUAUUGAGGAUUUCCAAGGUGCGUCUGGAAGAUCGCGGCAUCUACGUGUGCUUUGCCAACAACUCGGCUGGGGAGGAGAGCGUGAGGGUCACUUUGGAGGUGACGUCGCCUCUCUCUGCCCACGUGCAGCCUCAAAUGCUCGUUGUGGAUGUGGGCAAGGAUGCCAGCUUUCAAUGUGUCGUCAAUGGGUAUCCGGUCGCCCAAAUUGCCUGGAUGCACAAUGGAAAGCCGGUGGCGCCCGAUAAUCGAGUCGAAGUGCAGAGCGAGCCUCCAAGACUGACCGUGCGACAACUGACCAAAGAUGACCGCGGCAUGUAUCAAUGUUUCGCCAGCAAUAACUGGGAUCAGGCUCAGGCCACUGCCGAACUGGAUAUGGGCGAUGCCGGCCCUGAACUCAUCUACUGGUUCGCCGAGCAAACCCUCCAACCAGGCCCGACGGUCUCCUUGAAAUGCGUUGCCGCCGGCAACCCCCCACCACAAUUCAUGUGGGCAUUGGACGGUUUUCCCAUUCCCGACCACUCCCGGUUCCUGGUUGGCCAAUACGUGACCGUCCAGGAUGACGUGAUCUCUCACGUCAAUAUCACCAAUGUCAAAGCGGAAGAUGGGGGCGAGUACUCAUGCACGGCCCACAACAGUGUGGGCAAAGUGACGCACAGCGCACGCGUAAACGUCUACGGCCUGCCCUUCAUCAGGGAAAUGCCCAAAGUGAUCGGAGUGGCCGGCACGUCACUGGUCAUCAAGUGUCCAGUGGCGGGGUAUCCCAUUGAGACCAUCACAUGGGAGCGGGAUGGGCAGAGUCUGCCCGUUAAUGCACGCCAACGAGUGUAUCCAAAUGGCACAUUAUUCGUUGAACAAACCCAGCAUAGGGAGGAUGCGGGAACGUACACUUGCCAGGCUCAAAAUCGGCAGAAAAACUCGGCCCGAAGAGAUGUGGAGGUGCAAGUGAUCGUGCCACCGAAAAUCCUGCCAAUCAACCCCAUGACUGACCUGUUGCGAGAAGGGAUGAGGGCAGCGAUCACGUGCCAAAUUAUAGACGGCGACUUACCAAUUACGUUUCGAUGGGAACGGAAUGGAAAGCCCAUCAUCAACAAUGCCGCUUUGGGCACGGCGAUUAGACGCAUUGAUGAGUUUUCCUCGUCGCUGAUCAUCGACUUGGUCAGCUCUCAGCAUAGUGGAAACUACACCUGCAUAGCCAGCAACGUAGCUGGUCAUGAAAAAUACGUGGUUCCCCUAACGGUAAACGUGCCGCCCAGAUGGACAACGGAGCCAUCGGACGCAAGUGUAGCCGCUGGUCGAGAAGCCAUCAUUCACUGCCAAGCUGAUGGCUAUCCGAAGCCGGUGAUCACUUGGAAAAAAGCUGUUGGUGAGCAGCCUGGAGAGUACAAGGACUUUCACUAUGAGCCCAAUGUGGAACAGUAUCAGAACGGAUCGCUCAGUUUUACGCACGUCUCCAAGGAGAAUGAGGCUCAGUAUCUGUGCGAGGCGAAAAAUAACAUCGGUGCCGGCGUCAGCAAGGUGAUUUUUCUUCGAGUUAAUGCUCCAGCUCAUUUUGCGCAAAAAACCAAGCAAGUGCAGGUGGUGAAAGGGGAGCGAGCCAAUCUUCAAUGCUCCGCCAAUGGCGACACUCCGAUGCAGUUCACUUGGAAAGUGGCCGGCCAGUAUAUAACAAAAGAAGACGACAGCCGCUACUCGAUCCGGGAACAAAUCCUUGCAGACCACGUGGUGUCCGAGUUGGGUAUCGAGCGAACAAUUCGGCAGGACACCGGAGUCUUCAUCUGCUCGGCCGGCAAUUCCUACGGGAGCGACGACAUGAGCAUCCAGCUCAUAGUCCAGGAAAUUCCAGAGGCGCCGCGCAAUGUGCGCGUCACUGAGCAACAGUCCCGAUCCAUCGGCAUUUCCUGGACGUACCCCUAUGCGGGCAACAGCCCCGUGAGCAGCUACAUCAUCCAGUACAAGCCGGGAGCUGAGGCGUGGCCCAAUCCUCCCGCCAAGAUAACGGUGCCAGGGACGCACACCACUGCCAUUUUGCCCAAUCUGCGCCCCGCCCAGGUCUACCACUUGCGGAUCCUGGCGGAAAAUCGCCUGGGAUUGAGCGAGCCCAGCCAGAUCGUCCAGGUGAACACUCUGGAAGAAGUUCCUAGUGGCGCCCCAGUGGAUAUCCGGGCGGAAGCCAAAACCUCCACAGAGCUGGUGGUGACUUGGGAGCCACCGCCUAGGGAAUCCUGGAAUGGGAACCUAUUGGGAUACCACGUGGGCUACCAGGAGCUGAGCGCGGAGAGCAGCAGCCUGUCGCAAAGUUACGUGUUCAAGAGCGUGGAGGUGCGGCACCACUAUGGAGGCGAAGCUAUUUUGCAAAGUCUCUCCAAGUUUGCCACCUACAGCAUCAUCGUCCAGGCCUACAAUAGCCGGGGCUCUGGCCCGGCCAGCGACCCUGUCACCGCAAGGACCCUGGAGGACUCGCCCAGCUCGCCGCCUGAGAAUGUUCAAUGCUCAGUGCUGAAUGCUCAAAGUCUGCACAUAUCAUGGGAGCCGCCCGUGCCAGCAGGCCGGAACGGCCUCAUCCAGGGCUACAAGGUGACUUACCAUUCCGUGGGCGAAUGGUUCGACAACGACGACCAACAGACCAAAAUCGUCAAUCAGCUCAGAACCACUAUAUCAGGCUUGAGGAAGUUUACCAACUACAGCAUGACGGUGUUGGCGUACACUGCGAGCGGCGAUGGAGUGCGAUCGUCGCCAGUUUACUGCCAAACUGAGGAGGACGUCCCAACUGCGCCUGCUAAAAUCAAGGCCAUCCUGAGCGCCCCCAAUAGGAUCCUGGUAUCCUGGUUGCCUCCAAAGUUCAGCAACGGGCCCCUCACGGGCUACACGUUCUACAUGGGCAUGGUGGAGGAUGGACAGGAGGAGGGCACUCACAAGCGGAUGCUCAGUCCCAGCACCGAGAUGCAUGAGGUGGUCAGAGGCCACGAGACCAACACUCUACAGUUCUGGGUCACUGCCUCUACCAGGAUCGGUGAAGGUGAAAGCACCAGAGUGAUAACGCUGACUCCCUCCAAAAAUGUGGCCGCUAAAAUCGCCUCAUUUGGCCGCGAAGUGGUGAGUGCGUGGAAGCAAGACGUCCACCUGCACUGCAAACGGGUGGGGAUUCCGCUGCCCAAUGCCGUUUGGCGGCUGGACGACCUGCCUUUGGAGGUGGGAGGUCGGAGGUCGAUCCUGCCGAAUGCCACUUUGGUGAUCAAAGACAUCCAGAGUGUGGAUCAGGCCAACUACUCCUGCUCAGUGGAGAAUCAGUAUGGAAGAGAUGAAAUUGUGUACGCCUUGAAGGUGCUGGUUCCGCCAGAGGCGCCCGUUUUUAACGUGGUGGAGGCUUUCACUGAUAGUUUGCAUUUGAGCUGGGUGGAUCAGGGCAAUGGAGGUUCUCCUAUUUUGGGAUACGUGAUCAACUACAAGCGCGACCAUGGCGAUUGGGAGGAGUUGCAGAUUCCCGCUAGAACGGACGAGCACAUGCUGAGGAAUCUCUGGUGUGGAAGCAGAUACUUGCUGUAUAUCACCGCGUUUAACAGGAUCGGAACUGGGUUACCUUGCGAUAUCGUCACCGCUCACACUAAGGGAACAGUGCCUGUGCAGCCCAAACAGUCCCAAAUGCUGACCAUGAACGCCUCGGUGGCCACUGUAUGGCUGGACUCCUGGGGGGAUGGAGGCUGUGGGAUUAUUUCGUUUGCUAUUGCCUACAGGCCGAUGAGGGACAGCUCAUGGACCACAGCUGCCAAACACGUAAAACCCACAGAUCGCAUCUACAGCAUUGUAGAUCUCUAUCCAGGCACGGCCUAUCAGAUCAAGGUGUCGGCCAGCAAUAAUGCCGGCGACACGGAGGCUCUGUAUAACUUUACCACGUUUACUUUUGCGGGAAUCGUUCCAGAACUGUCGCCUCCAGUGUCCCAUUCGGGGGAUGAGUCCAUGUACUUCAAUGCCAAGGUGCUGGUGCCUAUUGUUUCCUCUUUGGUGAUUUCGGUGGCGAUUUUCGUCACGCUGUUGUAUAGGAAAAAGCGCCUGGCUGAGCGCAGCGGACAGAACCAGUCGAUGGGCGAGUCGCCCUCAUUGGCCCAGAUCCAGAACAAGCAGAACCGCGAUCAGCAGUACCUGGCGGUACGAGUGGGUCGCGGUCCCCAGCCUCUUGACGUGGACGACACGUACAAAGCCGAGUCCUCCGACUACAUCGAAGACAUUUGCCCAUACGCCACCUUUCAGCUCUCCAAGCCGGCCUACAGCGAAAGCUCCUACAGCGGCAACGUCUACAGCGGACCGUACCAUUCGGUACGCGGGUCUUUUGUUUAUCAUGACGUAAAACCACCACCUAGUGAUAAGUUUAAGUUAGGACAUAAUAAGGAGCCAGAGUACACAAAGGUGCGGAGAAAAGGAGGCAGGCUGCGCGACCCCCACUCGGAAAGUCAAGAGUCUGAUAAUCUGGGCAGCACCGACUCAGAGGUGAAGAAGAUUCUAACGCUCCACCUGCCUAUUUCAGAGUACGACACGUUGGGCUCGGACUCGGAUGGGGAUGGGCGGGCGGCCAGCCAGGAGUUGGUGUCCUUCGGGCAUCGCAUGCGAGGUGGGGCGGAGGGAUCGUCUACGUCGUCCGAGUCGCCGCCCUCGGGGAGCGUAGGACGCAAGCCCUACAACACGCGAAAGGGCAAGGGAAAGGGCAGCGCUAAGGGGUUGAGGCAUGUGCGUUCUUCCAGCGGAUAUUCCAGCCACAACGACGAAACUACCUUUAGUAUAUCACAUGCGCCUAGUUUCAAUGAGCGAAUUCAUCCCCCUACUAGAUUUUCCGACGUCAGCUUGCGAGAUUUCUCGGACGCCGAAUACGAGAAGAGCCACAAAGCGCGCGGCUCGUCGAAGCUCACCAGAGAGGCUUUCCAGAUUAAUAAGCAAGAAUCCAAUCUGCAACGGUUUCAAUAGCAGCAAACCCUUAAAGUUGCCAAAAAAAACGACAUUAACUGGCGUGCCAAAUCUGGCGAAUUCCUUUAGGAGGAUGUAACUCGAAGCCUUUAGGAUUGAACGCCAUGAAGCGAUUUGUUGAAUAUAAAUUGAGUUUUCAUAGUUUUAUAUAAUAUGUAUAGAGAAUAUCGGUGAUUUUUGUACCAUAUAGAUAAUGCAUAAGGUAACUAACUAUAGGGCUGGUAUAAAAGUAUCACUUUGAGGGCUGAAAGUGGGGAAAAACUGCAUGACCUUUUUGAUGACCCUUUCGUCCUCACUAUGGCCCUUGAUUACAAGGUAGCAUCUUUCACGUCUAAAUGUGUCAAACAAAAUCACUUUAUAUAUAGAUAAUCAAGUCACUUUACAAUUCAUCACCCACUCUACGUCGGUACUCUCUCUCACUCUCCCUAUCAAAUCGAAAUGACUGGUCUGUAGAUUUCUAAGAGUUAUUAUCUUUUUAUUACUGUAACUAAAGAAACUGUUAAUUGUAAGAAAUUAAAGAACAUGUUAGUA